GUUCUCAAAAAGGAAUGCAGGAUGUGUUAAAGAGACAGAAAAUAUUUUUGCCUCUUUUUUUUUCGGGCCAUUCCAUUACAAUCCCUCCCUAGGAAAGAGAAGACCAGCUGGGAUUGUCGCCAGGAGAUGGAAGGGCAGUAGUCGAAUUCGGGAUUUAUUUUGGAGAUAGAACCAAAAAAGAGCUAGGUGUAUGGUGGGGGAAGGGGUGGCAUAAGGCGGGGACAUUUGGAGGGUGAAUCAGGAGUUUAACCUCCAUGACCUCAAUGAAAGUCUCCCCCAAACUUUAUAGGUUAGGCAAAAUGUUUGGCUGCUCUAAGCCUUAGCUGGUCUUCAGUAAAAAAUAGGUUUUAAAACUUGGGGUGAGAUCAUAUACAUAAGAGCUCAGCCAAUACUAUUAUAUUGCUCAUUUCACUCCCAUAACACACCUAAGGGGCAGGUACUUUUCUUUUUACAGCUAAGAUGUGUUGGGACCUUCCAAAAGGCAGAGUUGGAUCCAGUGGCCCAAAUGAAUGAAAGAGUAAGCCCCCCGCACCGUUGCAAGCCCCACCUCGCCCCGGGGGCGUUGCGCGGCUGCCCCUGCACUGCACAUGCGCGCUGGGCGCUCCGCCGCCCCCUGCCCCCAGCAAAACCCCCCGCUCGGAGCAUGCGCGGCCCGCUUGGCGCCAAUUUCGGAUCGCCACAGCCAGCGCACGCCUCGCUGGUCCCCGGGCGGCGCGUGUUCGCUCCCUCCUCGGCUCCGGGAUGAUCGGCCAGAAGACGCUCUACUCCUUCUUCUCCCCGAGCCCCGCUAGGAAGCGACGUUCCCGCAGCCCCGAGCCGGCCGGCCUGGGGACCGGGGUGGCGGCCUUAGCUGAGGAGAGCGGGGAUGCGGCGGCCAGCCCCGCCAAGAAGGCCCGGGCCGGGCAGGACGAGCCCGGCACGCCGCCCUCCUCGCCGCUGAGCCCCGAGCAGCUGGUCCGCAUCCAGAGGAACAAGGCCGCGGCCCUGCUCAGGCUCGCGGCCCGCAACGUGCCCGUGGGCUUCGGUGAGAGUUGGAAGAAGCAACUCAGCGGAGAAUUCGGGAAACCGUAUUUUAUAAAGCUAAUGGGAUUUGUUGCAGAAGAAAGAAAACAUUACACCGUGUAUCCACCUCCACACCAAGUCUUCACGUGGACCCAAAUGUGUGACAUAAGAGAUGUAAAGGUGGUUAUCCUGGGACAGGAUCCAUAUCAUGGACCCAAUCAAGCUCACGGGCUCUGCUUUAGUGUUCAAAGACCUGUUCCACCUCCGCCCAGUUUGGAAAACAUUUACAAAGAGCUGUCUACAGACAUAGAUGGUUUUGUUCAUCCCGGCCAUGGAGACCUGUCUGGGUGGGCCAAGCAAGGCGUUCUUCUCCUCAAUGCUGUCCUCACCGUGCGGGCCCAUCAAGCCAAUUCUCAUAAGGAGAGAGGCUGGGAACAGUUUACCGAUGCAGUUGUGUCCUGGCUAAAUCAGAACUCGAAUGGCCUUGUCUUCCUGCUAUGGGGCUCUUAUGCUCAGAAGAAGGGCAGUGCCAUCGAUAGGAAGCGGCACCACGUACUGCAGACUGCUCAUCCCUCCCCGCUGUCAGUGUACAGAGGCUUCUUUGGUUGUAGACAUUUCUCUAAGACCAACGAGCUGCUGCAGAAGUCUGGCAAGAAGCCCAUUGACUGGAAAGAGCUAUGAUCCUUGGCUGAGGGGUGGUCUGUCUCCAUUGGUGGUUUUUGAGAAGCUGCUGUUAAAGUAUUUGUCAGUUACAAAGCUGAAUUGAAACUUUCCCUAUUUUUUAAAACGCUGCAUAAGGGAGAAAAGCUUCCAGAAAGCCGCCAUGGCAGCUUUAUCCAUCCAGACACAGUGAAAACUACCCUUUGACUGAACAUCUUUCUCUGCACUAUGGCUUCAGUCUAAGGUGUGCACUAUGAGGUCAAAUUCUCCCACUCCCUUCUCUUAACCUUUAGGCUAAAGAGGGGAGAUGUGCAUCUUUUUGGGGCAGCCAAUACUUUGGUGCCUGCUGCAACUUGUUUUUGCCUGGUAGGUUAGACAUUCAGUUAUAAGCGUUGGGGUAUCUUAUUUUUGCUUAGAAGAGCCCCCCUGUUCUCAGCCCAGCAGGCGUUCUAGCCUGGCCAGGUAUACCACCCGCUUGAUCUUUCAAGGUGCCCUCAGGCCCUUCCUGGAAGGAAGCAUGAGGAUAAUUUGCAGGUUUCUAGGUAUCUGGCCCAGAAAUGAGAGGUCAAUUCCUCGAUUGUAGUAGAGGUGAAGAUUCCUAGGGAAUACUCCUUGGUGAUAGGGGCCAAGAGAAGUGGGCUGGAUGUUAUUUAUCCUGUCAUUUGGGUGUUUUGGGGAAUAGGCAGUGAAAGUUGAACAAGGAAGAGGAAAAGGGGAUUUUUUUUUUUUAAGUUAGGGGGUGGUUUGCUCCUAGGGUUAUCCUGAGUUGGGUUUUUAAGGCAGCACGGACUGCCAAAUGCUGUUUUUUAUGGACUGAAAUCACUUUGGGAUAUUUUUUUCUGCAACACUGGAAAAUUUUAGUUUUUCAAAAAAAUAUGCAGAUAUAUAUAUUUUUUCAAUCCUCUUUUAAGACAGUCUUUAUUGAGUCUGUACCUCUCCAUGCUUGAUCUAGUCAGCGAUGCUGUAUUUGCUGGUGGUGGGGUUAAAGAGUUAACCCUGCAGCAAGUGAGUUUGUUAAUAAAGAUUGUUGACAUUUU